AUUAAGGAAUUAAGUACCAAACCGGAUCCGGAGAGGAUUCUGAUCGACGUCCGCGAACCCACCGAAUUCACCUCCGGCCACAUCCCCCGCGCUCUCAAUCUCCCCAUCACCUCCUCCCCGGACUUUCUGUUCCUCCCUCCCGCGGAGUUCGCCGACCGGUUCGGCAUGCCGAAGCCGCAGGAGACACAGGAGCUGGUGUUUUACUGUAAGGCUGGGGUAAGGAGUAAGGCGGCGGCGGAGAUGGCGCGGAGGGCGGGGUAUGGGAGGGUGGGGGAGUAUAAGGGGAGUUGGGUGGAUUGGGUGGGAAAGGGGGGUGAGAGGGCGUAG